AUGUUAUUGGCCAGAUCGAGAGUCCCUGCUGUUAUCAAGAGCAGUUUGGUCAGAAACGGAUUUGCUCUCAGAACGUUGUCCACCUCGCAUGUCUCCCUUGGAGCCUUAGACAUCAAAACCAAGGUCCUCGAACAUGAAGAUGAUAAGAAUGAUACUCGUUUCAUCACUCAUCCUCUGUUUCCUCAUGAAAGAUGGAGUGACGAAGACUGCGCUGCUGUUGAGUUUGUUCACAGGCCUCCAGUGACAAAAUUGGAUAAAUUGGCCUACCAGAUCAUGUACUUCUGUAGACGUACAUUUGAUACUGUCACUGGUUAUAAGAAGCCCAAAACACUCGAGGAAAAGGAGCACAGAUUUGUGGGCACGAGGUGGGAAAUGACCGAGAACAAAUGGUUAACUAGAGUGAUUUUCUUAGAGUCUGUGGCUGGCGUUCCAGGCAUGGUAGCUGCUUUUCUUCGUCAUCUCCACCUGUUAAGACUCUUGAAAAGAGAUAAGGCAUGGAUCGAGACUCUCUUGGACGAGGCUUACAAUGAGAGAAUCCACUUGCUUACAUUUAUUAAACUUGGUCAACCUUCUUGGUUUACCAAAACCUUCAUUUAUUUAGGACAAGGUGUGUUUUGCAACAUGUUCUUCUUCCUCUACCUUUUAUCUCCCAGAUACUGUCACCGUUUCGUGGGAUACUUGGAGGAGGAGGCUGUGAGCACCUAUACUCACUUGAUCCAUGAUUUGGAGAACCACAAGCUUCCUGCCUUCGAUAAUGUGAAGGUGCCUAUGGUCGCUCAACAAUAUUACCCUGAACUCAACGAGAAAUCCACGUUCCUUGACUUGAUCCAGAGAAUCAGAGCUGAUGAAUCCAAGCACAGAGAAGUGAAUCAUACUUUGGCCAACUUGGACCAAAAGAAUGACAGAAACCCAUAUGCCAUGAAGAUUGAGGGUGUAGACCAGCCUCAGCCCGAGUAUGGUUUGAAGAGCAAGCACAAGGCCGGCUGGGAGAAGAAGGACUUGAUCCUUUGA